GCCUCCUCAGAAAGCCGGGCUGGGAACGACAGCCGGGAGCGGAACCGCGAGCCGCCGCCGCCAUGGGGAGCCGUGUUUCGCGGGAAGACUUCGAGUGGGUCUACACUGACCAGCCCCACGCACAUCGGCGCCGGGAAAUCCUGGCCAAGUAUCCUGAGAUAAAAUCCUUGAUGAAACCUGAUCCCAACUUGAUAUGGAUUAUAAGUAUGAUGAUUCUCACCCAGCUGGUUACUUUAUACUUAGUAAAAGACUUGGACUGGAAAUGGGUCAUAUUUUGGGCAUAUGCCUUUGGCAGUUGUGUUAACCACUCAAUGACUCUGGGUAUUCAUGAGCUUUCUCACAAUAACGCCUUUGGCCACAACAAAGCCUUGUGGAAUCGCUGGUUUGGAAUAUUUGCUAACCUUCCUGUUGGAAUUCCAUAUUCAAUUUCCUUUAAGAGGUAUCACAUGGAUCAUCAUCGAUACCUCGGAACUGAUGGCAUUGAUGUAGACAUUCCUACUGAUUUUGAGGGCUGGUUCUUCUGUACCACUUUUAGAAAGUUGAUGUGGGUUAUUUUUCAGCCUGUCUUUUAUGCUUUUCGACCUCUGAUCAUUAACCCCAAACCAAUUAGUCAUCUGGAAAUUAUCAAUAUAAUGGUUCAGAUUACUUUUGACAUUAUGAUUUACUACUUUUGGGGAAUUAAAUCUUUAGUCUACAUGUUGGCGGCAUCCUUACUUGGUCUGGGUUUGCACCCAAUUUCUGGACAUUUUAUAGCAGAACAUUACAUGUUCUUAAAGGGACAUGAAACUUACUCAUAUUAUGGGCCUCUGAAUUUAUUGACCUUCAAUGUGGGUUAUCAUAAUGAACAUCAUGACUUCCCCAACAUUCCUGGAAAAAGCCUUCCACUGGUGAGGAAAAUAGCACCUGAAUACUAUAACAACCUGCCCCACUACAAUUCUUGGAUAAAAGUACUGUAUGAUUUUGUGAUGGACGAUACAUUAAGUCCCUACUCAAGAAUGAAGAGGCAUCAAAAAGGGCAGGUGGAGCUGGAGUAAAUAUCCUUACAACCAAAGGAAUUCUUCUUUGAAGCAUUAAAAUAGGUGAUAAAGUAGAAUUUCACAUUAUAGAAGCUAGGACCGGUAAUGCUUUACAGUCAGCCUGUCUCUGUAGUGCUCAGCUUUACUCAUAGGAAAUGUGUGUUGUCAUCAUUGUGGAUCUCUUCACCCAUGUCUGUCAUCUUAUAAGCAUAUCAUUAAAGAAGGCUUUUAAAAAGCCAUUUCUAGCACAUUAUUUUCACUAUAAAGUUUUACUUUAUUAAACUAGCUAAUAAACUGAGCUAUUGGCUGGACAAAGUAGCUCACGCCUAUAAUCCCAGCACUCUGGGAGGCCAAGGCAGGUGGAUUGCUAGAGUUCAGGAGUUUGAGACCAGCCAGAAUAAGAGUGAGACUCCAUCUCUACUAAAAAUAAAAAACCUAGCUGGGCUGUGUGGCGGUCGUCUGAAGUCCCAGCCCCGUGGGAAGCUGAGGCAGGAGGAUUACUUAAGCCUUAGAGUUUGAGGUUGCUAUGGGCUGUGAUGCCAUGGCAUUCUACCAAAGGCAACAGAAACUGUCUCAAAAAAAAAACCCGAGCUAUUAAUCACAAUAUUUUAGUGUUUGUUGUAUUUUACUGUCUUUUACUAUAACAUGGUAACUUGAGUACUAAGAGAAC